GUCAGGCUGUCUAGUCACAGAGGAAGGCUGUGCUUCUCUGGUCUCAGCUCUGAGGUCAAACCCCUCACACCUGAGAGAGCUGGACCUGAGCUACAAUCACCCAGGAGACUCAGGAGUCAGACUGCUCUCUGCUGGACUGGAGGAUCCACACUGCAGACUGGAGAAACUCAAUGUGGAACAUGGUGGAGAGAACAGAAUGAAACCUGGGCUUAGAAAAUAUGUCUGUGAUCUCACACUGGACCUAAACACAGUAAACAGACUCCUCUCUCUGUCUGAGGAGAACAGAAAGGUGACAUGUAGGAGAGAGAAGCAGCUGUAUCCUGAUCACCCAGAGAGAUUUGAGGGCUGUGGACAGGUGCUGUGUAGCGAGGGUCUGACUGGGCGCUGUUACUGGGAGGUAGAGUGGAGUGGGAGAAUGGGGGCUGUUAUAGGAGUGACAUAUAAAGGAAUCAACAGGAGAGGAAGGGUUAAGGACUGUUGUCUUGGAUACAAUGACAAGUCCUGGAGUCUGUUCUGCUCUGUCAACAGUUACAUUGCCAGGCACAAUAAUAAUCCCACUACCAUAGACGUCCCCUCCUCCAGCUCCCACAGAGUAGGAGUGUAUCUGGACUGGCCAGCCGGCACUCUGUCCUUCUAUAGAGCCUCCUCUGACACACUGACCCACCUGAUCACAUUCACCUCCACAUUCACUGAGCCCCUCUAUCCAGGGUUUAGGGUUUGUUCUGACUCCUCAGUGUCCCUAAAAUAACAUGACACACACACACACACACACAAUAAUAACCUGUAAAUAAUACACACACUGGACUCACACACACACACACACACUGGAUACACACACACACUGGACUGACACACACAGACACACACUGAAUACACACACUGGACUCACACACACACACUGGACAACCACACACAAACACACUGGAUACACACACACACUGGACUCACACACACACACACUGGAUACACACACACACUGGACUCACACACACACACACACACUGGACAAACACACACACACACA